AUGUGAUGCAAAUUUAUACAUAUAAUUGUAAUUUUUAGUUCCUUUUGUACUAAAUAUUAGGUACUAAUAAACUUUAUCUGACUGAAAUAUUUGUCCUAACUGGAACGCCCUUCAGUCAUCUGACAAUAGACCCUAAAUAUUUUAUAGUUUCUGCGUAGAAUGAUAUAUGAGAAGCUACCAGUUAUCUGUACUCCCUUAACGUCAAACUUCAAAAUUUACCCUUAAAUUGUCACUGCCACUGUCAACGCGACUGGCGGCGAUUCAAUUGCUCUCGGGACCUCGCGGGGAGUGCACCGCUACGCACUCACUGUGAAGUUUAUCUAAGAACAACUUAGAACUAUGAAAAAAAAGACAUUAAUUAUUUUAGUUUCACUUUUAUUUAUCGUGGUAUCACGAAGUAGGAGGCUCGUUGAUAGGCAACAAGACGAGCUGUUAUGGCGAAUGAAGUGCGCGUUAGGGGUCAUUGUUGAUCCAAAAUGUCCUAUCGAUGGUGGGUGGACACCGUGGGGACCUUGGUCGGCGUGUCAAGGUUCGUGCGACCAGAUGGGGCACAGAAGGAGAACACGAGAUUGUACCAACCCACCACCUUCUCCCAGCGGCAUCGGGUGCAGCGGAGCCGACGAGGAGACAGAGUCGUGUCACAUAAUCAACUGUACGGUAGACGACUUCAGGCAGGCCGUCGAGGGAGAUGUAGCGAGGACUGAAGCGAUGCGACAGUUGGAAACCGUUCCAGCCCUAAUGGAUCGCUGCCUGCUUACUGAUUGUCAGUAUGAAGCCAUCGUAUCGGCUUUAUCAACAGAUAAUACUUGGGAACUGAAUCCGGAAAAUGUUUGGAAUGCUCUGCUUUGCGUCAAGCACAACGUCGGCUGCCCUGUCAUAGGAGAGUGGGGAGCUUGGGGAAAGUGGUCAGCAUGCGGCGCCCGUUGCGGUCACGGCUUCAAGUGGCGGUUGAGGCGAUGCGACACACCUGCACCGUCGGAACGGCAAUACAUGUGCUCCGGAAGUCCGCUACAAAUGGAGCGAUGUCACGGUGACCAGUGCGCCGUCGAGAGACACAACUUCGGCGGCAAUUGGGGACAAUGGGGUAAGUGGUCUGCAUGUUCGGAGACUUGUGGAGAUGGUGUCCAACGUCGUCGUCGCACUUGCCUCGAAAUACAAACACCACGUGUUUCUGUAACCUGGGGAACUCAUUGUCGAGGCCAGCACGACCAACUGCGAAAGUGCGAAAACAAGCAAUGUUCACUCGAUGGCGGAUGGUCUGGUUGGGGGAACUGGGGACCUUGUUCCCAGACGUGUGGAGCCGGUAAAAGGUCGCGAUCGCGGUCAUGCACUAGGCCGAUACCAUCUGGGAAUGGAAAACCAUGCGCAGGCCCUAAGACUGAAGUUGGAUCUUGUUAUCUAGCCCCUUGCGAAGUGUAUAAACACAAUGUCGCUUUAUUUAACGGUGAUUCAUUUAUAAAAUAUAGAUUUCGUCAUGGUAAGAGUGUAACUUUUAUUCAUUUCUUUAUACGAUUUCUGCCAUUAUCUCCUCAAGGCAUGUUAAUUCGCCGGGGCGAAAUAGAUUCCACCUCAUACAUUCGUCUGAGCAUCCAAAAAUGGCAUAUCUGUUUGGACGCGGCCGGCAUGAACGAUAACUGUGAGAUACCCGGGAUUUGUUCAUCUAACCCUAUUGAACCGGCGAUCUGGCACACAGCGAUGGUAACUCUUUCCACUCAAUACAUUUCUUUGCGUUUGGACGACGAUCCGAUAUCCAUGGAAUAUAAAAUUCCGUGUGAUCCACACUUGCCCUAUACUAAUAUGGAUAUCAAAGUUGGAGAAAAAUUGUACGGGGAAAUUCAAGAAGUGAUAUUUAAUUUCAGUCCAUUGGAUAUUGAAGUUGAUAAAGGGCACGAUUAUUACACUGUUCACAACGCCGCUAACACACCAAUGGCCGUCGCUAACAACGUAGCGUACGAGAUUGCUAAUUUAGAAGAAGCCUCCGUGUUAGUCGACAGAGAAUAUUUCAUGCGCAUCCCAUUUUCGACCGAUCCAAAUGAGUGGAAAUUAGAACUGACGUUAAUGCCGAUACGGGAUUCUGGAACCAUAUUAUUCUUUAACAGCGACGAUAAAUGGUUACACGUCUCAUUGCAAAAUUCUCGUCUUAGAGUGAAACUGGCAAUAGGGGACUAUCGGUCUGAGAGUAUUAGCGCUUCAGAAUGCCUAAAAGAUCAAUGGCUAGAUAUAACUUUAACGAAAAAGGCAGAUGCUAACUCUAUAGAAACUGUUAUUAAUGGAGGUGAACGAAUACACGUAGUCGUUGGGGCAGAUAUGGAUCGGAAACGACGCAAGUCGUCAGAAAAUUGUACAAUACCCUACCAACUGUUCGACACGAAGCCAUAUUGCCAAGGAAACCAAUCUACAUUGACUUUUUGCGUUCAUGCAUAUUUUGUUGGAGGCGUACCUGAACAAAUAAAAAGUAAUGUCUCAGAAACAUUUACGUCCUUCUACGGAUACAUUGCUUCAAUCAGCUUAAAUUCUGUAUUAUAUGAUCUUCAUGAAGUUAGCCUGGAACGUUACCAAGAUAAAGUAAUGCAACUAUCCUCGAGAACUGCAAGUGUAUCGGAUUUUUACAUUGAAACAACUUGGGGUAAAUCUGGUCAGCUAAAUCUUUCUUGCCUCCCCUCAGGGGGAGCACGGUCGCCUGAUGAUAUUAUAUGGCUAAUUCUAGACACAGAAAUGAAAAAUGAAAAUGGAACCGAUCAAUAUGGAAAUACCAAAGAGAUAGAAAAUCAGAUCAGUAGUAAUGAUUAUGUCAGAGUACUGCGGUUGGUCUCUACGCUAGAUACAAACAAAAAAGGAUUUUACACAUGUAGAGUUAUGGGCAACGUUAUAAACAACGUUAUUACUUAUGGAACCUUAGGAAAGGCACGCCCAAAAUUUUCUGGACCAAAUGGAAUAACAGCUCUUGCCGUUCUCACUACUUUGAUAUUAAUCGUUUGCACAUUCAUCUGGCUCAUUCAACAAGGGAUUGAUGACUUACGCAAGGGGCAUGGGUUUUUUCGUGACGACCAAUUAACACCAGAAGAAGCGACCAUAGCUAUUACAAAUUUUAUUGAUGAUAAUAGGGAAUUGCUUGGUAGCGUAAGCGCAUUAGAACUCCGCAAUAUUAUAAUGCGGCGUCUAGAACUUAACGCGAUGAAGGAGAAUUUCGCUGCUCAGGAACCCCAAGGACUAAUGCAACAGGCCCGAUUGGCCAAUGACAAUGUGCCAGCUGGAGUUCUACCAUCUCUCCCUGAAAACCCUUGUCAGCAAGUACGAGCCCCUCCUAACAGGUUUCGAUUCGAACCCAACUACGUGAGCACUCCUCAGCACGGAUCUAUUACUUCGCCCAGGAAGAAACUGACAUCUUCAUCUUCUUUAGAACUGGUAUCGCCUCGAGUACUUUGCUCUCGAAUCAUUGACGCCAAGCGCCGUCUGUCACCGCGUGAAAAUAUCGCCUCGUACAGGAAACAAGUAGUCUGCCCCAGUAACACCCGUAAGACUCGUGCCAACCAGUGGAAAGAGACCGCGACCAAAAUAAGGGCAGCAGAUAAAAUCAUUCAUAUGUUCCAACAGCUUCAGAAAGAUUAAGAAAAGAAAUUGGCUUUUCCCUUAACGAAUUACGGCACGACAGCGGCCAUAGGAACGAUGAUCAUUUACCCCGACUUGGAACUAACCCCGGACAAGAGCAUGUGAAUUCUUAAUUGUGCUUUCUAGGUUUUUUUUUUUGCCAUUCUUAUUGCAUUUCAUAAUCGUAAUAUAUUUAAUGGAUAUCGCUAUUUCAAAUACUAAGUAAGUGAUUUUAUUGAUGUUAGUUUUAAGGACUGUAUGAGGUUAUACUACUUGUGAUAGGCCUAUUUAUUUGUGAUAUGAAAGGUUCGUGAUGAGAUUUAUUAAAAGUGAUAUGUUACUCCUGUUUUUAUUUAAUUUAAUUUAAUUUUAUAACACGAAUCUACAUUACUGUAUUAUCUGUCGAAUAAGUUAAAUGUACCUCUAGAUUAUUUUGAAAUGUUUAACUCAGUUAACACACCCACUACAGGGAUGUUUCCUUCUAGUAGAAACCUCAUAUUGUGUAAUAUUAUGAAGUAUCAAUAUAUUCAAUGUUAUUAGAACAGUAGUUAUGCGUUUCAUAAUAAAACAGCGAUGGAAAUUCUUAAACGUUUUAAUAUAAAAUAAUUUUAGAAUUGUAACAUUUUUGUUAUCACAUAUUGGCACAAAUAAAAUAUUGUAAUAUUUAAAAAUGGCACACGUUUUUAAAUUGUAUGUAUAUGUAAUUAUUUGAAUAUCAGAUUAUAAUGUAUACAUUUUUCAAAUAUUAAGGAUGUUUAUUAAGUUGAUAAAACCGAUUGUGUGAAUUUUUUUAGGACAAUGUUCUUUAAUAGUAUGUAAUUUGCAUUUUAUUAAAUUGUCUAUUUAUGGUUAACAUACUAGUCCUUUUAAAUCUCAUAGUAGAUAUAAGUAAUUUUGAUCUCUGUGUGUUUAGUGGUAAGGUAUAUAAUCUCAUGUUAGACGUAAUAUACGUAUUGUAAUUUAAGAAAUCCCUAAAAUUUAUUCUACUGAAAAUUAUCUCUAUGUCUUCGCAUCCGUUUUGAAAUAAAUGUCUACAUAACUUACAUAUAAACGUAAUAAUAAUUUUGGAAUAUUGUUGAAACAGAUUUAACUGAAAAUUAUCUCUAACAUUUUGGAACCGAGUCUCUACAGAAUAUGUAUUUAAAAUACUUACAUCUAAUUCCAAAAAUGUGUGAUUCCAUUUUUCGUGUAUUAUUUGUACCUAUACUUAUAUUUCUGAUAUUAAAUUUUAUUUUACCCCCAAACGGUGAUUUAUUUCUUCUAGCCCUUGUCACUUCACAUAAAUGCACUGCAACUGCAUUGACUAGAUAACAAUUCAUUCAUGAUUCAAUUACAAAAAUUGUCACUCGAGAAACACCCAUUA